AUGAAGGAUUUUCCAAAGAAACAGAGUUUGAACACAAUCGUGGGUGAUAAAGAGGGAGGUGUUGAAGAAGAUAGCAGUCUCCAAGUUCCAAUGGUGCUGUUGAAUGCACUAAUGGUUAUGCCACCGGAGAAUCCAUUGGGAUUUGAUGCUAUUAGGCCGCUGGCAUUAGAGGUGAUCGAGUUGAGUGUGUGGGAGUUGUAA